ACCAUGAUUAUAAAAUUAAAAGCAGUGACCUAGUAAAUAGUGGCACUAGUAGUGCCAAUUCAUAUUCUUACAUCUCAGAUUUACAAAAAAAAAGGAAGUACAAAGUAGAAGACGCAUUUCAUCAAACACCUUGCGUUCAUAAACAUGAAGGCGGGCGCCAAGUUCAUCGUUCUCCACCACAAGCCCGGCGGUGGAGCGCCGCCGCCUAGCCCUUCCCACCGCGCGUGGCUGUUGAUCUUCAUCCUCUUCUUCGCCUUCACCUUCGCCUUCACCCUCCUCACCGCCAGGGCACCCGCCGCCGUGAAUUCCAAUUCCCAGCUCCCGAAGCCCGUCUUCGACGCGCUCGUCCACUACGCCGCCCUGAACGCCUCAUCCGCCUCCCGCAUGUCCGCCGAGGAGCUGAGCGCCGUCGCCGCCGUCCUCCGCUGCUGCGCCGCCCCCUGCAACCUCCUCGUCUUCGGGAUCACCCACGAAACCCUGCUCUGGAGCUCCCUGAACCGAAACGGCCGCAGCGUGUUCAUCGGCGACAGCGCUUACAUGAUCGCGAAAUUGGAAGAGAGGCAUCCGUCGAUCGAGGCGUACGACGUCCAAUUCACGACGAAGGCGAGCGAAUUGUACGAUCUGAUCGAGCACUGCAAAGGGGAAAUUAGGGGGGAGUGCAGGCCGGUGCAGAAUCUGCUAUUCUCGGAGUGCAAAUUGGCGGUGAACGACAUGCCGAACGACAUAUACGACGUCGCUUGGGACGUGAUAGUGGUGGACGGGCCGAGGGGGUACUUCGGGGCGACGCCGGGGCGGAUGUCGGUGAUUUUCACGGCGGGGGUGCUGGCGCGGAGCAAGGGGGGUGGGGCGGCGGAGACGCACGUGUUCGUCCACGAAUUUGAUCGGGAAGCGGAGAGGGUUAGCAGCGAGGAAUUCCUGUGUGUGGAGAAUUUGGUGGAAACGAAGGGUAUUUUGGGGCAUUUUGUCAUCGGAAAAAUGGACGAUAAUAGUAAUGGCUUCGGUUUCUGCUCCGUUUCUGCUUCUUCCACUGUUCCUCACAAUUCGAUUUGAUCUUCUUUUUUUUCUUUAAUUUUACAUUUGAAUGUAAUUUUUGAGUAUACUGUUUAAUAUAGGGAGAAUUUAUAUAUUAGAAUUUUCAAA